AGUAUUUCGAAUUUUCCAUAUAUAUUUUUUCCCUGAAGAUCGAAAUCAUGGAAGCAAUUAAAGACUCACUUGGCACAAAAUCAUAUUUUCCUACCCUCAAAAGCUUAUAAUGAUGUAACGGUCCGAAUGUGAGUGAACGAGAAUGUGAGUAAGUCAGUGAGUAACAGAGUAAGUGUAAGCGAGUGCAUGAAUGAACGAGAGAAUGUGAGUAAGUCGGUGAGUGACAGAGUGAGUAAGUGUGAGCGAGUGGGAGCGUGAGUGAGUGAGAGUGAAUGAGUGAAAGAGUGAAUGGGUAGCUGAGGAAUGUAAGUGCGUAAAAGGUUAUGAGAAGAUAACACGGCGAGCGAAUGAGCGAAUAUAUGAACGAGUUACUGAAAUCCCUCAUCUCAAAGCCUCGAACCCCUCCAAGAAACCAAUAACUAGUUAGUUAGAUAGGUAGGGGUUUGAUUGUAAAAGAAUGUUCCGGAAGGGAGAGAGAGUCAGUAAUGCGGGGUUAAAAGAUCACGUGAUGGAGGGGAGAAGCUGAUGAGUAAGCGAGGAGGAGGAGGAAGAGCACCAGAAGCGGGAGAGAAGAGAGGAGACAAGCACCACUGCAGCAAGCCAGAAGCUUGGGAGACGUACACACCACCCACGGCCUGCUGUGUGAGGCGGGCUAGCAGGAGACGAGCAGCAGCCCUAGCAAGGAAAGGCAGCGAGUUGGAGUUGAGUGAGAGAGGUGUCCAUCUCUCCACUCAGCUCCCCAAAAACCAUCCACGGCCUGCGGGGUGAGACGGACUACAGGAUGGGAACUUGUAUGGCGGGGUAACCUGCCCCUCGACUGUCCUGGGGGCCGAAAUACCACUGCCCCAAGCUGCUCCCUACAUCAAAGGGCGCCCGCCUCUUCACACCACCCGAGCCGCUCCAUCUCCACAUCAAGCGGCGCCCGUCUGUCCAGCACCAGGACCGCCCAUUCCCAUCGUGGACGUCCCCUGCCGAGCCCGACACUCACGCCAGCUCCUCCUUCUCCGCAUCCAGCAACUAGAGCUAAGCAUUCUGUGUAUUCCCCAAAUCUCCCUUGUGCCGGUAGCUAGCUAGAUUAGAGGCCUACAGCCUGUCAGUCAUUCAUUUUUUUUCUUAUUUUUAUUAGUACUCCGCUAACCUUUGCAAAAGGAAACCAAAUACAUAUUUAUAUAUAACCUUACUGAGUGUUAUCAUUUGGAGCCUGUUUUGCUGCUCAUUUGAGAUUACUGAACCAUACACACAUCCCCCCCCCAUAGUACAUUAUCACCAUCCAGUUUCUUAAUGCUGUCUCAAAAAGUGGUUCCCACGGAAAUCCUCCCACCUUCCAUAAUUAACCACACAAGUAACGUCCUUCUGGUCACAAACUUCGGAACGAGUGUUCACUUGUCCUGAGGCCUUAACAUCCGGGACUAGCGUUCGACGACUACCACGCUACCACAUACCAUCAUAACCCUAGUGGUCGUUAACAAAGGGAUGUAGCUUUAAUAAUUUAUUUAAUUUAGUAUUAUCUCUUUCCACGCUACAAUGGAAAAGGUAGUUGUUGGGUCACGUGACUUGAGAGGUUCCCCGCUUUCCCCUUUUUUCAGUCAGUUAUGAUUAAGACGUUCCCGAGUGAGGAUGUUAAUAAGUCUACGUCUUUGAAAGCAAGUUUAUACGUAGACUUCAUAAAACGAACGUCAAAAUGGAAUAAUUAGACGCUGAUUGAGUGCUUCAAGAACGAGUGUGUGUUAUAUACUGUGACGGAAAACCGUGAAGCGUUAAUUUACGGAGAGGGGAGAGAAAAAUAAAUGUAAUGGUGGAAGCGGGAAGCCAUUUUUUAUUUGUAUUGCUGGCAGCUCGUGAAAAGAACGAUAUACACGUUGUUAAUGCGUGCAGCAGCCACUAAUAUUUAAUUCUACCUUGAGAUCUGAGUGAAAAGUGGAGGGAUAAAGGAAAAAGAGGAUGAAAAAAUGUGGUAAGGUGAGAAGCCAUUUUUUUUGUGUGUAUUGCUGGCAGCUCGUGAUAAUAAGGUUGCACACGUUAUAAACACAUGCAGCAACCACCAACAUUUAAUCCUAGCUUGAAAACUGAACUAAGAGUGAAGUGGUAAGUGAAAACGAAGAAAGUGUUGUGAUGGUGGUUGUGUUGGAAGAGAACCCCCAUUUAUAUAUUUAUUUGUAUUGCUGGCUGCUCGCGAGAAGAAAAAUAUACACUUCCACAAGUAUGAAAUCCUUGAAACCUGAAUGAAAAGAGAAGUUAUGAGUGAAAACGAGGAAGAAAUAUAUAUAGUGUGUUGUGGCGGGCAUAAUGGAAGAUGGAACUCUUUAUUAUUAAUAUUGCUGGCUGUUCUCGAGAGAAAAAAAAAGAUACACAUCCGCCAGUAUCUAACCUUAUUAUAACUUGAAACAUGAAUCAAGAAUUAAGUGAUAAAGUUAAAUAACAACGAGGAAGAAACGGCUUGAGCGAGAGGUGAUGGUGGGAGUCCUGAAAUCUUCCGUCGCUCCAGCACACAUUUUUAACACGCUAUUCGAAGGCGUUUUGGGCAUUUCCAGGGGUUGUUUAAUGACCCUGGUGGUAGUUUGACCCUUCCUCUGUGCCAUGAUUGCGAAAGAGCACUGAUGAAAACCCGAUUGACCUUCUUUUUAACCUUUUGAAAUAGUUGAUGUGGGAGGCGGAAGGGUCUGAGAAUGCCGACGCUGCAGUCCCUCCACCAAGCGUCAUAUGACACUUUGACACGUCCUGCGAGGAGUCAACAGGAUACACGACUCUUACAAGGCCCUCACUCCUGAAGGUGACCCACAGCAACAUUAUAAGGAGACGUGUAGAGGAAGGACGAUAUAACGUCACCCGUUACCAUAAUGUCAUCUCUCUCCAUGGAAGAUGGACAGCGUGUUGGUGGUAAUGUUGAGUGGGCUCGUGGUGGUUAUGGUAACGGUCCAAGGAAGUUCUGCCACCAUAACCAGCAAGAGACUCUCGAAGCUGGGUGACACAAUUGUGGUGGAGGGUGAUGCGUUGGUGUCAAGAGAGGUAAAGACAAACUUGGAAUGCAGUGCCAUCUGCAAUGCUGUUGACUGCCUCGGGUACACGCUCACAGCCGCCGGCCAGUGCACCGCCUACUCAAACAUCACUUCCAUCACUCAAAACCAAAACCUUGGUGCCCUGCUCUACUCCAUUACUCUUGGAAUGCCGUGCGCCUUUGACGAGGAGUGCUCAUCACAUAUCAAAAACAGCGUUUGCGUCAACAAUACCUGCCAAUGUUCCUAUGGAUCCAGCCCGGUCUUCUGGAAUACUAGCUGCGAGUAUGCUGCGGCCAGGAAGGACGAGGCAUGCGUCACGACAUCACAGUGUACCCUGACCAGCUACACCGUGUGUCUCAAUACCACAAGAGUCUGUGGUUGCCAGCCCGAGGCUAUCGAGAAGGGAGACUUGUGCACAUCAUUGCACAUCGGAGAACCCUGCAGCUCCACUGCCCAGUGCCUGCUUGGCCUCAACAACAGCACCUGCGAUGGCACAUGCAAAUGCAUUACAAAUUUUGUGCCUUCAUCUGACAACUCAAUGUGCAAGUAUGACUAUGCGGCUGGAGGUUUUACAACAUAUAGGGGGCGAUGGGCACUCUUCAUAAGUACGGGUCCUAUACCCAGUAGCUGGGAUGUUAGUUGGCUUUUCUGUUUCGUGAUCCAGGCCAAGAUGUUUACACCAAAAGAUAUAAUCGAGUGGAACUAUUUGAAGCAGAUGGCCAGCUCACUGAUUUUGACAGGAAAUUUCUACAUGCCAAUCAACAACAAAGGAGGAAACCUCGUCUGGAACAACGGCUCCUCUGCCUCAGGUGUCUCCUUCCUGCCAUGGACUAAUGGUGAAGAGGGCAAGACAAAACUGGGACUGUUUUCCAACUGUGGCUACGCAGAGUACAUCUUGAAUAUACAAACACUGACAAAUGAACUCAAUUUCCACCUUGUGUCAUGCAUUGAUGCAAAUCUUGCAAUAUAUGCAUGUGAGGCUGAGAUAAACUGAGCUAUAGGUAUAUAGUUGUUUAUGAAGCCUUUUCUACACAAGGCAGUAACAAAACAUAUAUAAAGCCAUUUAGGAAGGUACAGCACUUCUUUAUGAUCAUUAUCAUCCCUGGGUGUUUGAAAGUGGUAAAUUAGGCACUUAUCAAGGUAAUGCAAAUUUUUGCCAAAUUAAGGGAGUUUCAUGCAUUAUGAAUGUGCUUGUAUUUAAAACACUUGUCUUAUGAUUGCUUUUGCUGUAUUGUGGAGAAAUACAAAUAUAUGUAAUGCAGAUUACUUGUUUGUAUCCAUGGAUGGUUAAAAUUAUACCAGACAUAUACACUACUGUGCACACUAAAUACACUUGCACACUAAAAGUAGUACUAAAUUCCAAGCCUCUGCAGUGGCCAUUUACAGUAUAAUAAUUUUGCCUCCCUCAUUUUAACCACCCACACUGUACUUCUAUGUCGUCUAACAAAGACAUCUCUGUAAUCACUAUCACAUCCCUUAACUUGUACCUUUAAUAAUAUUAUUAAUACAUAUUGAAGUGUCUCUCUCUGGUCAGGUUUCACUGAGAAUGCACUGUCAAGGUCUCCUGAUCUCACUCAGGACACUGGACUUCCUACCCUCCCAUUUCAGUGGUGGACACCGCUAAUCAAAAAGUUAGCUUCACUAACUGGUAAUCCACUAACUAAAAAGUUAGCUUUGCUUACGCUUAACCUCUAAACUGAUAUAGAAAUUGGUGGAAGCUGAUGGUAACUGCUAACUUUUUUUAUAUAUGAAUUUGGCUUCGGUUUAGUAUUUUGGCUCUAAAACCCUUAAAAACAGACCAACUAAAAGAAAGUGAUGUGAAAUUUCAAUAUGUUGUAGCUUAGAUAUAGUUAGCCCAACAAGCAACAACACUAAGAGAAGACAAGGAAGCCUCCAGUUUAUCCUAAAUUCAUAUAUUUUGCCCAAGAUUUUCUGAAAAUUUAAGCAUUUUUACUCUUUCCCAAAACUGACACUUUCUUUUUUAUUAUUUUAAGUUUAUUUUUUGUCAGGUGAAAAAUAUUGAAUUCUUGUUAUUAAAUCCUGAGAUCAGAGUUGGGAAUGGAAGAUGCAUUAUCCUAAAAUACCAAAAAGUUUCUUUAAUAGUGGCUCAACUGGUACUGUGUCUACCCAAAAUGGACAAAAACAAACCUGUGUGAAUUAUUUAGUGGACUGAAGUUAGCAGAAAAGGAACUAUAUUUAGCAGUAGCUAAUUGGUCCACUAACUGUUUCCAAAUUUAACAAAAACGCUAAUCAGCUAAUGGAAAAGUUAGCUUCGCUAAUUAGCGGAACUGUGCCCACCACUGCCUGUUUGUUUGUCAUGCUGUUCAUACUGUGUUGUAUCGAGUUUAAUAAAGAAUCAAAGAGA